AUGGAAGCUGCCAAUUAUAGGAAGCAUUAUGCUUUCACCACACAGGGAAUAUUGGAGGCAGUUACGCAAGAUUUGCACUUUGGGCUUUUGAGUAGUAAGCAAGUCCAAUCACUUAGAUUGGUAAGAGAAGAAGAGGUGUUGAAAUUCAUCAACUCCAUUUCUCGACAUCCAGGAUCACCCAUUAAUCUUAGUAAGAGUCUUUCCUCACUAACUUAUGGGAUCACGGCAAGAGCAGCCUUUGAUAAAAAAUGUAAAGAGCAAGAUGCAUUCAUAUCACUUGUCAAUGAGAGUGUAGCUCUUGUAGGAGGAUUUAAUCUUACGCAGCUCUUCCCUUCAUCUAAACUACUUUCCUUCCUUAAUAAAACCCAAUCAAAACUUGAGAAGAUCCAUCAAGGAUUUGAUCAAAUUCUGAACAACAUCAUUGAAGAACACAAGAAUUCAACAACUGAUGAAGGUGAAGUAGACAAAGAUCUAGUAGAUGUUUUCUUGAAAGUUCAGGAGCAUGGUGACCUCGAAAUUCCCUUAUCUGUUGAUGAUAUGAAAGCAGUCAUCCUGGAUAUGUUUAGUGCUGGAAGUGAGACAUCUACUAUAACUGUUGAAUCGGCAGUGUCAGAACUACUAAAGAAUCCACAAAUAAUGCAGAAAGCACAAGCUGACGUUAGACCGGUUUUUGACCGAGAAGGGCCUUUUGAUGAAACAUGUAGUCAAGAAUUAGAGUUUCUACAUUUAGUCAUAAAAGGAACUCUUGAGGUUGCACCCCUCCAGGCCCUCUGUUACUGCCUAGAGAAAACAGGGAGAUAUGCAAGACUAAUGGAUUUGAGAUACCUGUCAAGACUAAAGUUAUAGUGAAUACCUGUUGGAGCUGGAAGGAGAAUAUGUCCUGGAAUUUCAUUUGGAUUAGCAAAUAUUGAGCUUCCGCUGGCAUCUUUACUGAGUUACUCUACCAUUUUGACUGGAAACUGGCAGAUGGAACAGACAACAAAUAUCUUGACAUGACUGAAGCCUUUGGUGUAACCGUUGGAAGAAGAAGCGACCUGAUCCAACAGUUUAUAAGUCUGUUCAUAAAUGUAACAAACAUGAGGCUGUAUAAUUUCCUUCUAUCCCAGUUGAUGUAAU